AUGGGUCACAGAGGAAAGUUGAAUGUAAUGACUGGACCUCUGCUGUACCCGCCGGUGAAGAUCUUCCACAAGUUCACUGGCCAGCCUGAGUUCCCACCUGAAGCUAAUGCUGCUUGUGAUGUGGCUUUGCAUCUUAGUACCUCAGUGGAUAUUCCAGUUAACGACAAAUCUGUUAGAUUCUCAUUGUUGAACAACCCAUCUCAUUUAGAGGCAGCUAACCCAGUGUCUAUGGGUAAGGCUAGAUCAAAACAACUGCUGCUGAAGGAAGGAGACUAUUCUGAGGAUGGAUCAUCUAGAUUAGGAGACAAAGUACUUAAUCUUCAGUUGCAUGGAGACGCAGCUUUCGCUGGUCAGGGAAUAAACCAAGAAAUGCUGAUGAUGUCACAAGCCCCACACUUCAAUGUCGGUGGAUCCAUGCACGUCAUUGUUAACAAUCAAGUUGGUUUCACUCUGCCAGCCGCACGCGGUCGCUCCAGCCGAUACGUCACAGAUUUGGCCAAAUCCAUCGCAGUUCCUGUCAUCCACGUGAAUGCUGAUCAUCCUGAGUUGGUAGUAAAAGCUACGAACAUAGCCUUCGAGUACCAGCGCAAGUUCCGCAAGGAUGUGUUCAUUGACUACAACUGCUUCAGGAAAUACGGGCACAAUGAGGUCGAUGACCCCACCUUCACCAAUCCACUCCUUUACAAACUCAUUCAUAGUAGGAAAACAAUCCCAGACCUGUACACAGAAAAACUGGUGUCGGAAGGUCUGUUAAGUGAAGAGGAGGUGAAGAAUGAAGUAGCAGCACACACCAGCUACCUACAGAAGCAAUUCGAAGCCGUCCCUACUUACAAACCUGAGGUCAGCUACUACCAGGAGCAGUGGGCAGGUUUCCAAGCAGCACCCAAUGCUGUGGAGACCUGGGACACAGGAGUCGACACGGGUCUGCUGCAAAUGGUUGGACACGCCUCUGUUGCGUACCCUGAUAACUUUAACAUUCACCCUCAUCUCGCAAAGACACAUGUAAGGAGUCGACUGGGCAAGCUGGCGGACGGGAAGGAUAUUGAUUGGGCCACCGCUGAGGCGUUAGCAUUUGGUUCCCUCUUAAUGGAAGGUCGUCACGUGCGUCUGAGUGGCGAGGAUGUCGGCAGAGGCACCUUCUCACAUCGCCACGUGAUGCUGGUGGAUCAAGAGACGGAAGCCAUCCACAUACCUCUCAACCACAUACAUGAGAAACAGAAAGGUUUUCUAGAAGUGGCCAAUUCGAUUCUGUCUGAGGAGGCAGUACUGGCGUUUGAAUACGGAAUGGCGUACGACUCGCCGGAUAAUCUCUGCAUCUGGGAGGCACAGUUCGGUGAUUUCUACAACGGAGCCCAGAUCAUUGUGGAUACAUUCAUUGCUUCUGGAGAAUCUAAAUGGGUCCGUAGCAACGGACUAGUGAUGCUCCUCCCCCAUGGGUACGAUGGUGCGGCCUCUGAACACUCCUCCUGCAGGAUUGAAAGGUUCCUGCAGCUGACAGACAGUAAGGAGAGCACUCCUGACUCCGAGAAUGUUUGUCUUCAUGUAGCUAAUGCUACCACACCAGCUCAAUAUUUCCAUUUGUUGAGAAGACAGAUGGUAAGAAAUUACAGAAAGCCUUUGGUAAUCGCUUCACCGAAGAUCUUACUGCGACUAGCCGACGCUGUGUCGAAUAUAUCAGACUUCGCGCCUGGGACACACUUCAAGAAUGUUAUUGGUGAUCCCCUGGCUGAUCCUCUGAAGGUGAAACGUGUGAUCCUGGUCUCUGGCAAGCAUUACUAUGAGCUUCAGAAAGAAAGGCUCCGAGCCAAUAUAGAUGAUGUUGCCAUUAUAAGGGUAGAGGGCCUGGCACCCUUCCCUCUGCACGACCUUCAGACUGAACUACAAAGAUUCAAAAAUGCUAGAAAAUUCAUAUGGAGUCAGGAGGAGCACAGAAAUAUGGGCGCUUGGAGUUUCAUCAAGCCGAGAUUUGAAAAUCUUCUCGGAAGAAAGUUGUUAUAUUCAGGCAGAGCAGAGGGCGCCACACCCGCCGUAGGAGCUGCAGUGCUACACCGAGCAGAAGUAGAACAUAUAAUAAAAGAACCGCUUCAUACUAUGAAAUAA